AUGUCGAGGGGGAUACCGAGGAGGUUGUUCCCCUAUCGGCUCUUUGGUGUGGAUGGACAAGUCACCGUCUUUCGACAAACGAGCAGCAUGGAGGCCGACGGGAAGCCUAUAGUCAAGUAUCUUACCAAGCAAGCUGAAUUGCCGGGGCAGCUGGAGGAGGAGGAACGGCGUGAGAACCAGUGCGGCUUUCUCGCUUGCAAGUCGGGCAUCAUGGUCGCGACGACGGCUUUCAAUGCCGGGGUGGAUGUGCCGGAGAGCUGGAUCAUCCCAUCUCAGAAUGGAAAGCGGUGCGUCGUGCGGAUUCUUCUGGGCGACAAGCUCAAGUCCUUUUUCAAAAACUCGGCGCCACCUUCACCGUCAACCAGCUUGCGAUCCGCCCAGACGGUAUCGAGAACCGUAUCGGCUUGA